UUUCCGGGAAACAUUUAAGCAACCCAACUUCCGGUCCACAUGCUACCCGAGGCUUCUCCGACGUACUAGAUUUAUCCAACGUUUAGUUGACAAAAAAUAUAUAUAUUGAUCUGUAUUUGUUUUGCUAAACAUGAAGCUUCUUACGCAUAACAUGCUGACUUCCCAUGUCAAGGGCGUCACCAAUGGAUACCCGCUGCUCAUCAAGGCUACGGAGGUGAAGGUGAACGAGGUAGACUUUAAUGCUCAAUUUGUCAGCCGCAUGAUCCCCAAGCUGGAGUGGAGCGCUCUCCUCCAAGCUGCGGAUGAGUUGGGUCAGCGACAAGACUUGCCCAGUGAACUGGUGGCUGACUUUGAGAACAAUGAGGAGUUCCUCAAGAAGGUGCACCGAGUUCUCUUGGAGGUGGAGGUGAUUGAAGGCUGUUUGCAGUGUCCUGAAUCGGGGCGACAGUUCCCCAUAUCCAAAGGGAUCCCCAACAUGCUGCUCAAUGAAGACGAGUUGUAGACACCGAAAAAGGAGGUUGGACUGUGGGUUGAAUUAACGCCAAGAGAUGAUCAGAUAAUUCAUUUUUACUUUUUGCCAGCAAAAUGGCCCCUAAAUGGCGAUUGAAACACAUGUUUUAUCUGUAUUUAUUUUUGUACCCUUUUUUCCCUCUUUUCAAUAAACCCUGCUAAGAUUCCCUUGA